GUACGCUCGGUAGUCUGCAGAGCUAGUGCAGUCAGUCGGUCGGUCUCUACCUCCAGGUACGCGCUAUCGAUGCCUUUGCGGCCUUUGCAAGCCCUGUACCCCAAAUAGAGACAUUUCUUUAGUCCACCGGGCACCGACCCCCGCAGUCAUGGCGGCCGAAGCCGGCAAGGUAGAGCCAGCGGACAGCGAGCAAGACGAAGGAGAAGAUGUGUACGAAGUGGAGAGGAUCAUAGACAUGAGGGUGGAAGAGGGUGAAGUGCUCUACAGAGUUCGCUGGAAGAAUUACUGCUCUGACGAUGAUACGUGGGAACCAGAGGCUCAUUUAGAGGACUGUCGCGAGGUCCUGCUGGCUUUUAAGAGAUCUCAGGCCGAAGCGAAGGCCAAGAAGGAGGCGGAAGCCGCCAAGAAGCCCGUGCCGAAAGUUUUGCCUACAAAGAGCGACGUGUUUGAUGCGGACUCGGAGAGCGACAGCGACAAAGACCGUCCGACCGAGGCGCCGCUCAAGAAGAAGAAAAAAAAGAAGGUCCGGGAAGAAGAACCGCCUCCGAAGGAGAAAAAGAAGAAGAAGAAAGAAAAGCGCAAGGAGGAGUUCAGGCCCGUACCGGCCCCAGAAACCGACGACGAAGAGGAGGACGAGAGAGUCCCGACGCCGCCCUCUCCUCCCAAGGAGAAAAAGACUGAAAUAAAAAAGCGUGUGGUCGACUCCGAGGAGGAGGACGAGGAGAGCGUUCCCUCCAAAAAACACAAGAAGGAAAAGGGAAAAGAGGUGGGAAAGCACAAAAAGGAAAAGGGAGAGGAAUGGAGGAAAAAGAAGACGAAGAAGGACCGGAAGUUUGAUUCCUCCGAAGACGAAGCUGCUGUUCCACUGGACGACGACAUGAGCGAAGUCCAGUCGGAGCCUCAAAUGGACGAUUCCGCGUCAACUGACGCUGUUACGAAGUCGACUGAAAAGACGGGUUUGGAGGACAAGUCCAAGCAAAAGAAGGGCAAGUGGGAAGUAAAGCUGCAGGGCAUUAAGGACCUUAUUCAUGACAAAAAGAGCAAAAAGACGGAUGUUACUCAGAAAGAAAGCAGCAGCCAGAAGGCGAAGAGCCAUACGUCCAAAAGCAAAGAGGACGCUGCACCACAGUCAGACUCCAGCGACAGCUCCACACUACAUAAGAAAUCAAAGAGCAAAGGGCAGGAGAGCACAACAGCAACGCCCAAAGUCGUCCCACCUUCCUCCACGUCCUCAUCGUCGUCCUCAUCCUCUGUCACGGCUGCUACCACUCCCAAGGUUAAGGAGGAGGAGUCCCCUAAAGAGGACAUAUUGGGACAGAAGGACGCAUCCGGCUCGACCAACUUGUUUGAAAAGUUCCUGUUGAACUGCGAGGCCAAGGAUCGAGCCCCUCGCAGGCCGGCGGCUCAUCAGCCCGUCCCCGAGAAGAGCAGCGGCGGCAAACCUGCAAAGCCUCCAGGGAAGCCUGAGAAAAAGUCGGCCAAAGAGUCUCCAGCUCAGAAACUGGAAUCAGAGAAGUCAGAGAGAAGCAAGACAUCGGAUGCCUCCAGACCCGGCCAGAGUUACGGCUUCAGCCUGGACAGCGAGGAGAGAGACGAAGACUCUACGGGAAAGCAGAAGCCCGGAGACGACACCAAGGAGCGGAGGGAGAAGCAGGAGGAGGCGCAGCGUCCUGCCUGGGAGAAGAGAACCCCGACUGACGACAAGAAGAGGAGGAGGGAGGACAGCGAGCCCAGACUCUUCAUGGCGUGCGACGACUCCCAGGACCCACCGGAGAGCACUGACAAAUCUGACAAAGGUCAAGCCACUUUAAGUCUGGGUAUGGACCUGAACCUGGACUGGAUGACUCUGGACGACUUUCAGAAACAUCUGAAUGGAGAGGACGAGAUCUUGUCAGGGCCACCUCUAUCACCAAGUGAGUUACGAGAUGCUGUGAAAAGUGGUGAUUACAUGGCUGUGAAGCUGGCACUUAAUUCCAAAGAGGACUACAAUCUGGACCAGGAGGCGUGUACUAUGGGUGAGAAGAGGUCAUAUGAAGGAGAGAGGAACUUGAUUGAAGAGAGAAGUUCGAGUGGUGCUCUUAGGUUGACUUCUAACAUUGACAGUGCAAGAAAUGAAGAGGCCACUCCAAAACAAAAGGAGAAUGUCCCACAAGAUUGUGACGAUCCAAAAAAUAGCGAUAAAAUGCCGAGCUCCCCUGCCAGUACUCAAACUGAGCAAGUCGCAGUGAGGAAAGGGGAAAAAAUCCAAGAAGGAAGGAAUGACACAUCCGAAUCCAAAAAUACAGGUUUUGAUUUCUCUGACGAGCGGGAAGAUAAUGGACAGGAAGACGAGAAAGAAGAAGACAAGAUGUCAGAUGAAACGAACUAUGAUUCAUCAAGUAAAAUGAGUUUGAACACUUAUUAUUCAGAUCAAACCUGUGAUGCAGUGAUGACAAAAGGCGAUGACGAAGGGAAACCGAAGGGCAAAGCUAAGAAACGCAGAUUCCCCAAGGAAGCAAACAAGUCAAGCGAUGAGGAAGAGGAUGUGGUGGACAGAAACUCAGAUGGUACAGGUCAAGUUCCACCUGAGCACUGCACUGACGACAUGGUCAAAACACGAUCACGUCAGCGCAGAAAAGUUAUGGAGAACAGACAACCAACUCGCUCAAGUCUCAGGACCUGUAAGAAAGUGCUUCCAACACCACCUAGUAAAACAGAUGAAGAAAAGAAAGAGCCAUGCAAAAAGCACUUCUGUUUAUAUUGCAAAAUGGCUUUCACUCAACUUGGGAAGCAUUUGGAAAGGAAACAUGCGGAGGAAACCGAUGUUGCCCAUGCAAUACACUUUCCUAAAGGUUCCAAAGUCAGACAGAGUUUGCUCGACCAAAUACGUAAUAAAGGAGAUUAUGAACAUAAUUGCCAAGUUCUCAAAAGUGGUGAGGGGGAAAUUGUGACCAAGAAACAGGUUAAGAAACCUGCCAUAUCUGUUCGUGAUUUCUUGCCUUGUCAGCACUGUUUUGCAUUUUAUCGCAAAGCUGAUUUGUGGAGACAUGAGCGAUCAUGUAAGGCCAGAAAGGGAGAUCAGAAAUCCUCUGAAAAACCCAAAAGGAACAGAUGUGACAGUCCUGCCUCCCGGCUGCUUCCAAUGUCAGAGUCUUUAACUGGAGGCUGCAAGGAAAUCAUACACAUAAUGCAUCAGGAUGACAUCUCUAAGCAUAUCAGAAAUGACCCACUUAUUUGUAAAUAUGGCAAUGCAUUGUCGGCCAAGUAUGACCAUGACAAGUCUCAGUUUGCUUAUAUUGCACAGAAGAUGAGGGAGUUGGGUAGAUUUGUGCUUGCCGUAAAUGAGCUUGACAAGAACAUAAAGUACUUGCAUGAAAUAUGUCUACCGUCUAGAUUUGAAUUAGCUGUCGAAGGGGUCAAAAAGGUUAGUGGGUUUGACCCCAGUUCCAGUAAGUUUAAAACGAUUUCCCUUGUCUCGAAGAUUGGCUACUCUUUGAAACGAGCUGCAGAGAUAGCAUUUGGAGAAAGUCGCAUGACAGAGGACAGUGAAACGGAAAGUGAAGUGAAAAAGUUCAUACAGCUUCUUGAUACAAAAUGGAGCGAGUGUUUUUCUCGCAAAACACUUGCAUUAUCUCUAAAGCAAGAAGUCAAGAAAGUGGAGGUGGACAAAUCAACUGUGACGGAAGAUUUGAUAAAACUGCACACGUUCAUCGCAAAAGAAGAAGAUGAAGCCAUGAAAGAGCUGAAAGAAAGUCCUACUUUGUCCACAUGGAAAAAGCUCAGCGAAGCCACAUUAGCAGAUGUGUGUCUGUUCAAUAGAGGAAGAGUAGGAAAUAUUGGUCGACUGCUCUUGCAAACGUACACUAACAAAAAGAGCAGGGGAACCUUUCUACCCUCUGCAGACCAAGUAAGGAAAAGCACAAAACUGGAGUUGGACCUUGGUUCCAGUUUCACCAGGUUAGAACUAGAAGGUCAGUAUGGAAGGAAUAUGCUGGUUCUACUAACGGAAAGGAUGGUUUUGUCUGUCGACUUGCUUGUUGAACACAGAGAACAAGCAGGUGUGGCAAAAACGAAUCCAUACCUUUUUGCAAGGACCGAAGGGCCGUCCUUCAUCAGGGGAUUGGAUUGUUUCCGAAGGGCUGCCAUGGAAUGUGGAGUUAAAAACCCGGAAGCGCUUCUGUCCUCGUCGUUACGAGAGCAAAUUGCCAGCUGCUGGCAACUAAUGAGCCUCAGUGAACAUGAAAUGGAUCAAGUGGCCAAGUUGCUUGGUAUGAGCAGCCAAGAUUGUUGCAAGCUUUCAAAAGAUGCAUCCCAACUGGAGGAAGUGAGCAAACAACUACUAAAGAUGGAUCGAACACUACCAAAUCCGUCAAGCACUGUCAAAGAUGGACCUGUACAGAAGUCUGCUCUAAAGAGAAGACCUUGGAGCGAAAAGGAGCAGACUGCAGUGAAGCGUUACUUGAGUGACUUCAUUACAAAGAUGAAGGUUCCAGGCAAAAAGGAGUGCAAUGCUUGCAUAGCUGCUGAACCAGAUCUCGGAGGGAGAUCUUGGACAGAUGUCAAAAACUAUGUACACAACACACUACAGACAGUGCGUAGAAGAAACAGCCAACACAAAUCAGAGGGCGACAUAAGUGUUUCAAGUCCAAAGAGUCCAAAAGCUGUAGAACAAACCACAAAGACACAUUUGGAAGACACCAGGGUUAUGUGUAACAUGACAACAGUGCAUCCAGAUCAUCUGACAGAAACUUCAAACUGUUUAAUGACAAUGUCGCCGCCACCACCAACACAUUUGAGAGACUCCUCACCAUUCGCCCAAGAAAUGGCUUCCAGUUUUGCGUCUUUGUGUUCCACUAGUGCAAACAUGGUCCAUUCAAACCAGCCACUGAUAUCUACAUUCACUCCACUGAAUGCGACUGAUACUCAAGUGGUCCCUACGUUUACUCCCCACAACACUACAAACGCACUUAUGCAUCCUCCAUACUCCUCUGAAAACAACAGAAUUCUUCCAAUGUCUCCGUCAUAUACGCAAAACGCCACAAGUAUGCCACCCCCUUCUAUUUAUGCACCACACGACACUACGGUUUCACCAAUGAUUCCUUCUUUUACCCCCCUCACACCAAGUACCUCAAUGGUUCCUACUUUCACGCAGUUAAAUACUGCACCAACUGCACAUAUGGUCCCCUCAUUCUCAACACUAAACGACAGAAGUAGACCUAUCAUUUCUUCGUUUGCUGCUCUGAACCAUUCAAGUGCACCCGUUUACCCCACAAGCGCCCCUACAACUGCACAGGUUGUCCCAACGAUCCAUGGACCCAGUGUUCCUGACAGAGCACCAAUGGGACAGGAAAGUGCACAUAUGUCUUCUGCGGGAACUCACGCCGCUCCUCCUGUCAAGCCUCAAAAGAGGAACAAGAGGCUUUGGAGUGAGGAGGAACAGGCAGCGGUGAGGCGUCAGCUCGGAGACUUCUGUAAGCUUGUGAAAGUGCCGGGCAAAAAGGAUUGCGACGCUUGUCUAGCUGCCGAACCCGCCCUGAACAGCAGAACGUGGAGGGAAGUCAAAUAUUUUGUACAUAACUCAAUUCAGUCACUGAAAAGAAGAGGUCACGUCGUCGCCUCCAAACCGAGUAGUGGAGGACAAGAACCAGAGACACACAAUUCAAACACUGAGUGGGAUGGUCCUGUUUAUCUGUCCCUGUAAAUAUUUGAAUGGACAUGCAAGAUGUUAAAUGUGCUUGAGGGCUGUGGCUGUGACCUCAAAUUGUAUGGGGCUUAAUACUUGUCGUGAAGUCGUGUACCGUCGGUGAACCUUGGUCUCAGACACCCAGAGAAACAGCCCUGCAUUUCUUCACGUUACAGAUCAAGAUCAAUCCUGGCCAAUCUAUUGGCUGCAUGAAUAUACACUAAAUUGGUGGAAUUUUAAUUAUGUACCGUAGCUUUUCUUCAGAACAUAUAUAUAUAUAUAUAAAUGUAACACUAGUUUGUGACACAGUCACAGGUUUGUGGUCCAGUUAAGAUGGAUCGACUUUUUGCCAACCAUAAUUGGCCAUUAUUUGUGGCAAGUAAACACAGUAUUACACACUCAUGCUACACAAUGUCCAACAUAAUAGCUGUGAAAAUCAUGAAGCCGGUGGCAGAAUUGUUUGGGACUCCCUAUCCACUACAAAACAGGGCAUUCCCCACCCUUUUCUGUGCACAGAUAGCGUCAGUGACCGUGCACUUUUAGAGAGAUUUUUACACGUCUUCAUUUCAAAACAUACUUCAGAACAGCUAUGUUUCUGCCUGUACUGUUUCCAGUAGCAUUUUUAUGUAUUUUGAUGACUGAAAAAAACAAAGAUACCAGCAUAUCUUUGCAGCGAAUCCCUCCAACAUGAUAGAUGCGAGUUGUGUUGCUUUGCAUCAUCCCUAAAUGCCUGGCCCAGGUGUGCUAUAUUCUUGCGUUAGCCAGUACGUAGCCUAUGUUGUAGAUAGCCUGCCGCAGUGACGCCAUAUCUUCCUCGCUGAUGCUAGAGAAUUAGGAGCUUUGCGUAUACCUCACGGAAAUAUAAAAACAUAUUUUUCUUUGAGGAACUUGAACUUGUCCGUUACUUUCUUUACUUGAUUUAUUUUUCUUUUGUAUUAAGCUGCCCAAAGGGUUGGUUGUAUUUUUGUAUCACUAUGUAGUAUAGUGACUUUGUAGAAACAUUUCAGUAGUAUUGUAUUUGAUGUACUCGAAUUUGGGUUAAAUACACUGCGUCGAUUUCAUCGGUAUUACUUCAUUUUUAAGCUUUUAUUUAAUGUAUAUGUAUACUCCAUAGCUUCUCACUGGAGUACGUAUAUACGUAUCGUGACAUGAACAUCGAGUUACCAAAAUCAGACUGCCUUAUUAUCUUUUAUCUUUUCUUUUUUUUUUUAAAGUGCUUUAUUUCUUAACCGAAUUGAUUCUAACAUACGAUGUAAAAGGUAUGGUAGCUAAAUUGACAUAAUUUCUAGUGUUGUGACCUUAAGCUAAAAAUUCAGUUUAUUGAUUACUGAAAUCAUUUUGUAAUAAAAGGAAAGCACUUAAGGGUCAUAUCAGAAUCGGCGUUAUUGGCCAAUCAUGUGUGCCCAUACAACACCAGUAACUUUUUCUCUCUUAUACAAAAAAGACAGAAUUUAAAUAAGCGUAAAAAAUAAGCGUAAUAAACCUUCACCAUCUGUACAACAUAAGAGCAGAUGUAAACAACGAACCGGGUGUUUGUAGAGUGAGUACGUACAAUUAAUUGUUGAGUUGUUGUUCAUGUGAAUGGUCUCACAUUCAGUUUGUCAGAACAAUAGCCCGGGGGUUUUAUUACACUGGAUUAUCCUGGAGCCACAUGGAGGGUCGAUGAUCUGUUGUGUGGUCGAGCAAGUUUUAUAGCAGUUUUUUAGUCUCUUUAAAAUCAAGAGGAGACGACAUUCCUGAAAUCUCAUUGUACUGGAUCGCGUACAGUGGUGGAAUCAAAUUCAGUUGUUGUUACGAUGUCUAGAGGGCACUGUAGAGGCUUUCAUGUUAUCCCCAGUAGCAGCUGUAGUGAACCUGUGUGAGUAACCAGUGUUCACCCUUUUCAUACCAAAGCCAUUUUUGUCGUACGUUCAUAAGCCCUUGAUUUAAGAGUGUUCCAGGUCCGAUGACUCAUUUCUACCAAUGGCAAACAGGCCUUUCCUGUGGUGUUGUUUACGUAUUAAAGGGAUAUAUCAGUGUUGCAGCAUUUACAGUAGUUACACAUAGAGUUGUAUUAGGAAAAUGAAUCUCAAGAAGGUCAAAUGUAUGAUUGUUGAGACACUACCAUUGCAGUUUGGUGUUGCAAAUCUUUUUUUUUUUCUUCCCCCUCUUGCGUAGUAGGUCCACUUUUACCUCCACCAUUGUUGUUGUAUAAGCACAUGUUGCGUGUUAUUCUACAUCCCAUUAUGUUGCCUUCAGUUAGUGCUUCCUGUAGAGUAUUGUAAGGAACUUAUAACUUCUGCUUGCACAAUAAAAUGCUUCUUGGCUUAAAACUUGAAGAUUUUAUGUUAUGAUAAAGAUAUGUACUUGUUUUUACCAA